AUGAUUGAGGUGGCCGGGAACACAACUACGCCGGUAAACGCGGCCGUGGCUCGCGCUCUGGCCCCUGACUACGGGCUAGCGGGCACCGAGGGUCACCCCGCCGCAGUGCCGCCGCCCUCACCACCCCUGGCACCGUCGUCGGCAGUGCCAACUCCCGCCGUGCCUUCCCUAACCCCUUCGCUCAACGCAGCCUUCUCAGCUUCCACUUUCCACGCUUUCAACGUUUUUCUCCACGCUGCCGUCACCGCUGCCUACGUGGGCGUGCUUCAGGGCGUGGGCGUGGGGACAUGGGCGUGCCUAGGGGCAGGAUCGCUCUUCGCCGCUCACCCUGUGCACGUGGAGGCCGUGGCAGGGGUGGUGGGGCGGGCAGAGCUCCUGGCUGCCCUUGCCUUCUGCCUCGCCCUCGCCGCCUACACCAGGUACCUCCGUGGGCGUGCAACAGGGCGGGCGUGGGGGCGGCGGCUGAGUGGGUGUGGUCACGAAUGUGUGUGUUGGACGGACAGCCACGGCGGACGCUCCCUGCCCAGCGUCCUGUUCUUCUGGGGCACCAAGGGCAGGGGGGCACCGCACCUCCCGUCGUGGGCGUGGCUGGGCCUCAGCAUAGCAGGCGCGGGUGUGUCCAUGGCGUGUAAAGAGCAGGGCGUGACGGCGUUGGGCGUGGGUCUGCUACUGCACGCCGCGGCGGUCGUCACCAUCACGCCCAGGAACAAGGCCGUGGCGGCGAGUCUGGUGCGGGAGCUGUGGCCGGGCGGCGUGGGGGCGGCGAUGCUGCUCUGGGCGCGUGUCAGUGUCGCUCCCCACACACCCUCCUUCACGUCCGCCGACAACCCGGCUGCCCAUGCCCCCUCGCUACUCACGCGCGCCCUCAGCAUCGCUCGAGGCUGGGCGAUGCACGGGCGGCUUCUGGUCUGGCCCGCCACCCUUUCCUUCGACUGGUCCCAAGGUGCGGUGCCGCUGGUCACGUGCCUCAGUGACCCCGCCAACCUGGAGACCGUGGCUUUUCUGGGCUGUGUGGGAAUCCUGGCUGCCACCGCCGCCGCCGCCUGCUGGAGGGCCCGCCACUCCUUCAGCAUGGCCGCCAAGUUGUACACAUAUCAAAGCCAGCACGCCUACCACGACGUGCUCAACAACAACGUGCAACAGCACGGUGAGGCAUCCUGUCCCGCCUGCCCCCAGCGCCGCUCCCCUCGCCGCUCCUCCAGCCCCCUGCUCCUCGUGCUGGCGUGGGGACUCCUUGUCGUGCCCUUCCUCCCAGCCUCCAAUCUGGCUGCCUACGUAGGUUUUGUGGUGGCCGAGCGAGUGUUGUAUCUUCCCUCAAUGGGCGCCUGCCUCCUGGUGGCCCUGGGCUCCCAGAGCUUGUGGCACACCUUGGGCGGCGGCAAAUGUUCCACCUCAGGUGAAGGCCGCAGCAAAGCCAAUGGGCGGCGCGCGCGGCGGUGGCGGGUAGCCGUCAUAGGUGCCUGGAUAACCCUGCUGGCGCUGCUGUCCGCCCGCACCAUCAGGAGGAACCAGGACUGGCAGAGCGACGAGACUCUCUACCGCUCCGGCGUUCCCCUCAACCCGCCCAAAGCCCUGUCUAACCUGGGCGUGGUGUACAGCGAGCAGGGGCGGCUUCAGGAGGCAGAGGCUUCUUAUCGUGCCGCCCUCCGCCACGCCCCAGCCAUGGCCGACACCCACUUCAAUCUCGGCCUGCUGCUGGCGUCCACUGGCAGGGCGGAGGAGGCCAUGGAGAGCUACCACGCCGCUCUCAGGAGUCGACCAUGGCUGGCACAGGCUCACCUGGGCCUCGCAGCGGCACUGCAGACCCUGGGCAGAGAAGCUGAGGCCACCAAGGUGCUGGAGGCGUGUCGGGAGACAGAGUCAGCUCCCGCGCGGGACGGGCUGGGCCACUCCUGGGCUGUCACCACUUGCAGGCAGCGGCUGGCUCGGGCACACCUGCUGGCGGGGCGGCCUCACAUGGCCCUGCAGGAGGUAGCUCGCGCCCUCCAGCUGGCUCCGAAUGGCUAUGGCGCCCACUCCUUGCACACCCUCGCGGCGGAGGCUCACCUGGAAGCUGGGGAACAUGCAGAGGCUCAGGCCGCCCUCUCUCGAGCACUGGCAGCCCACCCGCAUCACGUGCCCGCCCACCUCACCUUCUCCAGGAUGCUGCAGGCCAACGGCAGCCGCGCCGAGGAGGUGGAGCAGUGGCUGAGGCGGGCGGUGGCUCUGGCGCCCAACGAUCCGCACGCCCACAAGCACCUUGGCCAGCUGUUGUUGGAGCAGGACCGCGUGGAGGAGGCGGUCGGGGCGUGGCUGCGGGCGGCCCUGCUCGAUUCCACAGACCACACCGCCGCUUUCAACGCCGCCACCGCCCUCAGGCUGGCGGGGAGGAACCAGCACGCGGAGACCUUCUACAGGCGGGCCGUGCAGCUACAGCCCAAGGACGUGGCAAGCCAUCGCAACCUGGGCGCCAUUCUGCACCUGAACGGUAAACUGGAGGAAGCGAGGAAGCAUUACGACGAGGCCUUGGCGCUCGCCCCCGGGGACCCACAGACCACCACCAACCUGCAGAGACUCGCGGCACUCCUGCACAAGAAGGGUCUCUCCUAGUUGACCGCUGCAGGACCCUGAGGAACCCCAACAGGAGGUGCCAAUGAGUCCCCGGCAAGACCAAAUCAGUCAGUCAGUCGGGCGCUGCAAGUGAAGCAGCCGACCCGCGGGAGCUUCCGAUUCCGAUUAUUAUAAAUACUAUGUUAAAUCCGAGAAGGUGCGAUGAGUAGCUCUCCGACAUACUAGAGGACACCCAUUGCUAUUUUUCUUUCACGGUGGCGGCAAAUCGUGUGGCUGUUGUAGAUUUAUUGAGCCGGAUGUCUGUCUGUCUGUCUGCUGCCGGCGGUGUCAGCUGCUCGCGCAUCGAUUAAGAAUCCCCUCAAGUAUCAGGAGCUCAAACUCGUAGUAAGCGAUCCCAGACGACCUGCCUCGGGUGCUCUGGCGGCUUUGUAGUAUUCCUGUUUUAACUCUCCCCUCCCUCCCUUCCUCCCUCCUCGUCCUAUACCUCCUCCUCCUCCUCCUUACUCUGACCUCUUCCCUGCGUGGGAGGUCUGGAGGCCCCUCAAGAACCACUGAGGCUCCCCUUCGAGUGUGCACAACCCGAGAUCGAGAGCCGAGGAGCACGUCGAGGUGGCUGCCAGCGGAAUGUGGUGACAAGUGAGACAGUUACUGAGGUCAGGAGUCAUUGCUUCCUCAACAAGAAGCAACAGAAAGAUUAAGAAGAAAAAAAAUCUUCAAAAGGUGAUAUGUUAUUGUUACAACUUCCUCUCCUUCUCCCACCUAUAUUACUAUUUCUCUAUGUAUCCCUCCGUUACUCUGUCUUUCCCAGUAACCUCGAUCAUUCACACAUCUAUCUGUUCAUGUUUUAUCGCAGUUUCUUUUCGUCUGGCUUGUCGCUGCGAGGCUGGUGAGGACGGCCGCCAGGAGGGGAGAUUACAGACACACGGAAAAGAGAAAGAGAAAACGUAUCUGUACCGGCGCACAUAUUGGAAGGAUAACUGUGCCAUGCGUGCCCGCGGUCCUAGGUCAUUUAAAAUAGAAAAAUCAUUGCUCCUGCCUUGAUUUAUUUUUACCCUCACUGUCUCAUCGCUUUCUCUUGACUGAAUUUCUUCUAGUCAUUCCAAAGAUUAGAUAUCGUUCGGAAAAAUACAAACCAGAUCUUGCAAGUUUUAAAUAUUCAAAAUAAAAUCUCUCUCUCUCUCUCUCUCUCUCUCUCUCUCUCUCUCUCGGCGUGAGGACCGAUACGUGACGAUCAAAUGGAGCGGCUCAAGGUAAGGAACGCUUCGAGUCCUUGCAAGCGACGCUCCGGAGCUUUCCUUUCUGCAUCUCUCUGUGGUAAGCGGCCUAUAACGUCGGUGUUUCAUGUAAUAUCUGUUUACAUUUCCCUUCGCUAUUAUCGCGUCAUUCAGCAGGCAAGUGGAAGCUUUCAGUGUCAGUGAAGAGGCCAAUCGAAGUUCUCCUCUUGCGCUUCGGAGGAUAAUGACGAUAACACGACCGGCUCUCUGUGUUCCAAAACAAGACGCGAGUGGAGGCGUGAGUUGGUCUCGUUUUCUCUCCUUCGCUCUCAACGGCGCUCCCAGGCCCGGACCAGCGUCAACUCGAGUGAGAUUAAGGUUAACGCAACAGCGAAGUGUGUGUGUGUGUGUGUGUGUGUGUGUGUGUGUGUGUGUGUGUGUGUGUGUGUGUGUAUGCUUGCAGAAAAACAAAGGAAUGAAACUACAGAGGUGUAUCAAGCCAUCACCACGACCACCACCACCACCACCGCUUUUAUCGCUGCCCGGAGCCUCCCUCAGACACGUGCAGCUCAGGGCCACGUCUUUGAGUCCUGGAGCGCGUGUGCACCUUUGUGGCUCCCUUAGUGGCCUCACCCUUCGUCUGUGUCAUACCUUGGGACAUUCCUGGACACCCGUCUGUGAUAUCUGCCAAGUAAGGGUCAUCCUGAGACAUUAAGGCAUAGAGUUAUCGACCAUGUUCUCCCCCGCUCCUUGGACACUCCUCUGGUAAAGCGUGACGGACCAAAGAACACGUGAUGAGAGCUGGACGUGUCUGCAGCACAGGGGUUGAUGAAAACAGGAUACUUAUAGCUAAUGUUGCGUAAUUCCGCCAGCACACCUAUGGACAGUGAGUGGCUCCGUCUAGAUGCCAAAAGGUGUGAUUUCUUGUGUUGGAGCUGUGCAGUGCAGCGUUUAAUAAAGAUGACCACGAAGGGAGUGGGUGAAGCGAGUAGGGUUUUUAGUCGAGAGUUUGUGUGAUGGAGCAGCCAGCGGUGGUCAUGACAAGCUUCACACGGCCUCUAUAGAGAUGAGCAGCGACUAUUUGCACAAGGCCAACAGCUGUUUCUGUACAAAAAAAAAAAAAAAAAAAAAAAACAACAGGAGUAAAUAAGCAAAGUUUUCUGCUUCCAUUACGAGUGGCGACAAAAUGAGAAAGCCCAGUGGAAUUUCUCUUCUCUUCUCCUUCUUUCGAGGGUGAUCGGUAGGAACUUGAGGGUGAAACUAAAGAAAGAACCAAAAAACAUGCGAGGGAUGCAGUUAAACUUUAGUCCCUUGAUUUCAUGACUUUACGAAAACAUUUCACGCAGGGAAACCACAGAACGCUUGACUUCUGAUCUUUCUAAAAUUUCUGAUUGGGGCAGAGCAAACUUGGAAUUGUUCAAUGCCUCAAAAACUCAAUUCCUCCAUCUAUCAACUCGACACAACCUUCCAGACAACUAUCCCCUCUUCUUCAAUGACACUCAACUGUCCCCCUCUUCUACACUGAACAUCCUCAGUCUGUCCUAUACUUAUAAACUGAACUGGAAACUUCACAUCUCAUCUCUAGCUACAACAGCUUCUAUGAAGUUAGGUGUUCUGAGACGUCUCUGCCAGUUUUUCUAACCCCACCCCCCGCUGCUACCUCUGUACAAGGGCCUUAUCCGUCCAUGUAUGGAGUAUGCUUCACAUGUCUGGGGGGUUCCACUCAUAUUGCUCUUCUAGACAGAGUGGAAUCAAAACCUUUUCGUCUCAUCAACUCCUCUCCUCUAACUGACUGUCUUCAGCCUCUCUCUCAUCGCCGCAAUGUUGCAUCUCUAGCUGUCUUCUACCGCUAUUUUCAUGCUAACUGCUCUUCUGAUCUUGCUAACUGCAUGCCUCCCCUCCUUACGCGGCCUUGCUGCACAAGACUUUCUUCUUUCUCUCACUCCUAUUCUGUCCACCUCUCUAACGCAAGAGUUAACCAGUAUUCUCAAUCAUUCAUCCCUUUCUCUGAUAAACUCUGGAACUCCCUGCCUGCUUCUGUAUUUCCACUUUCCUAUGGCUUGAAUUACUUCAAGAGGGAGGUUUCAAGACACUUAUUCAUCAAUUUUUGACUACUGCUUUGACCCUUUUAUGGGACUGGCAUCUCAGUGGGCAUUUUUUUUAUUGGAUUUUUGUUGCCCUUGGCCAGUGUCUCUCCUACAUAUAGAAAUAAAAAAAGUAAGAGGUGGUGGGAGCGUCACUCACCUUUGCUGCCCAGGUACGCACCCUCACCUAGCCAGAACCAAAGAUGAAGAGGGAAUGCCAUGUCUCCUGUAGUCAGUCCUCUAGUCAGCCCGAUAGCAUACUACCCCUUGUUUGCUUUACAUUCACGUCCUCAUCGCCUCGUCUCCGCUGUUUUAUCAUACCCAACUAUCACACUCCACGUAGACCUAAUCUGGCGGCCUACUUAGUAGCUCGCCACGCCUUGUACAGGUAAAUGGCCGCAGGUAGAUUUCAACAAGCUCACCUUCAGGCUUUGUAGAAAAUGAAGGACAAAAAAGGACAAAGCAUUAUAGAUAUUUUCGUACACACAGCAGGUGAUGGAUGUGAAAAUACAUUACAAGUAGAAAAUUGUAAACUCCAAGAGGUAAAUGAGGAACAGAAUAUUAAGAAGAAAAAAAAAGCGUAAUCGAAAAAAGGAGUAGAAGAGAAAGGGAAGGCAGUAAAUAGCUUUGUCAUCAUUAAAAAAAUGAAAUAAUCGACUUGACUCUUUUUCAUCUCUUUUUAAGCAUCCAAACUUUAUUACCGAGUGUUGCCAGAGUCGCCCCAAACACUGAGUUGCAACAUUUUCUCGCCAUUCACACACACUAUGUGGUUUAGUCUUACUCAAUAGACGGCCUUUUGGGAGCACUUUUAUUCGAUUAACUGUCAAAACAUGUUGUGUGUGUGUGUGUGUGUGUGUGUGUGUGUGUGUGUGUGUGUGUGUGUGUGUGUGUGUGUGUGUGUGUGUGUGUGUGUGUGUGUGUGUGCCCCGCACGAGACCAGUGUAUAAAACCAGGUGUGCUGCAGGUGAUACGGAAGAAACCUAAUGUUAUCCUCUAAAUUAGUAUCAUGUACAUAGCCUCAAAUUAUAUAGAUAUAUAUACAAUGAUUUUUUUAAAGGACCUCUACUCUUAAAAAAAAAAAAUCUACUCACCUAUCUAUCUACCAAUCUGUCUAUCUAUCUACACUGACCUUCCCUUUGUACAUGUCCUACUUCCUCCUCCCCACCCAACCUCCCCGCCACGGUCUAUAUGUACACCGAUACAUUCCCUCAUGUGUCCCAGCCCUGAUACAUUCCUAAGGCUCCUCCAUUACCUUCACCCGGUUUUUAUCCUUUAUUUUCUCGCCCUUUGUCCCUCUGUCUCCCUUUCUAAGAUGUGCCUAAGCCUCUUACUACAACAAUUCAUAUUUGUAUUUAUAUUCCGCGACUUUCAGCCUUGUAAUACGAGAAGACAAGUGUUGUUUUCCCCCACAUAACCUGUGUAAGUGAAGGCACUCAGGUAACCUUUUGUCCACCAAGCUGACGUGGAUGAAAACAGAGGCGUAAGCUGAUUGGUUGAUAAAUUCAGCUUCUCUUGUCUUCAUUGGCUGACUGAAAUACCACGCAGCCAGUGAGGAAGAAAGCGGGGAAUACGUAUAAACUUUUUUUUUUCUUUAUCUCCUGAAGACCAAUACUUUCCCUCUCUUGUAUUCUGGGUCUUGCUACGUAAUUGGUAUCUUAAGGGUGAAAGUCGCUGAAUUCCGGCUAACAACCAGUAUAAACGACUCGUAUUAUACUUUGGUGUUUCUACCCAGAUAAAUAAUGUGCCGAGACUAGUGAUAUGUUACAAUUAAUAUCAAAUAUAUUAUAUGUGUUCAU